CUCCCGUGUUUUACGUCAGUUGUCCGCUCUAAGAACACAACUCUCGCUAUUUUAUUUCAUUCUUUUUUUAAAAUUUAGAUCUUUAUUGACAUUUUCGAAUGAGAAAAUCAUUGUGUUAAUGUUUUCUCCUACUUUCGGUUGCCUUGUUUCGUGGCUGAGCUUUAGCUCAAACAAAGUCCCUGGUGGUCACCCGAGGCCAGGGGAAGGCACCUGGGAGGAGGAUGGAUAAAGUCAGGAGGAUCCUGGUUUACAUCUGUAAAGACCAGUCUACUCCACAGCGAGCUCAGUUCGUCCAGAGUGUGACCAGUCUCUUCACUGAAGGAGCCGAUGAUGAAGUGAAGGUGAAAUUUUCUCUGGAGGAGAAUCGCUUCAUCCUGUUCAAAGGAGAUGGAGGAGCAGGAGUCUCACUGAAGAGACCCGCCUUCUGUCCCAUCAAACACCUGUCUGUCAAAGAGACAGCUGCCCUGCCAUUGGAAAUCAAGAAUCGUGGAGUGGAUGUGGGUGUGGCCAUUCUACUGCAAUCAGCCAAUCAGAAGGUUCUGCUGACACGACGGGCGAAGCAGCUCAGAAUCUUUCCCAACGUCUGGGUUCCUCCAGGUGGACAUUUGGAACCUGACGAGACGCUCUUAGCUGCAGGUCUCAGAGAACUGAAGGAAGAAACUGGUCUGAGUCUGGAUCCAGAGGUUGUUUGUCCAAAGGUUCUGGUUCUGUGGGAGUCGGUCUACCCUCCACUGCUGUCCUCAGGACUUCCUCUCAGACAUCACAUCGUGGUCUACCUGCUGAUCUGCUCCCCCCUGUCUCACCUGCAGCUCCAGUCCUCCCUGAGUCCGUCUCCUGCUGAGGUCAGUGCCUGUUUGUGGGCCGACGCUGGGCUGGCCAGAGCUAUGGUGUCAGCGGUGGACGGAGAAGAUGGAGGUUUGGAGAAGGAUGAGGAGGGCGUAGCAGCGGAGAAACUGCCAACCAGUGUCAGUGUGUCAGUGGUGUCUACAGGUGGCGCUCUCAGUCAAGCUACUCUGCCUCUGUCUGUUCUGCUUCGUCGAGCUCCAAUCAGUGGACCAGAUGUGGAGCGGGUCAGCACUGGGACCAAGGUGGCCCUAGAGCAGUGGCUGCGAAGUCUCAAAUCUGAGACAUGAGACCUUGACCUGAAUCAGGAUCACGUUUUAAAUUUAAGUGUUAUUUUUUUUAAAUAAACACAAGAAUAAAUACAAGAAAAAAAA